AUGGCUUCCCACCCGUCGCCGCCGCCGGCACACCCCAUACCACCCGCUCCCACCACCAUAAGUGACCUCGACGACUACCUGCUCCGAGAGAUCUUCCUCCGCCUCCCGAACUUCCCCAGCCUCGCCUCUGCCGCCCUCACCUGCUCCGGCUUCCUCGGCGCCGUCCGUUCGUCCCGCGCCUUCCGCCGCCGCUUCUGCGCGCUCCACGCACCCCCGCUCCUCCCUCGCUUCCUCGCAUACACAAUAAUGGCCUUCCCCACCUCACGACGGCCCUUCGCCGGAUUCACCCACCUCCUAGACGACGACGAUUCUGACUGGCGGGUCGAUUUCUCCAAUCCUUCGGCCUACAAUGGCGGCUGCAUGGCCAUCAAACACCCGAUCAUCAAGCAGGGAGUUUGGUACAACCCCCAAACGAUGGCUCUGUUUCUCCGCCCCAAGGAGCACCAUGACAUGCCCGACGGCACCUCCCUUGGGUUCCACACAUUCUGCUCCGAAGAGGAUCAGAGGCCGUCCCGUGUGGUAUGUGUCCGUCAAGACUACUCAUGGGAUAGGCUACGCAUCGCUGUCUUCUCAUCGGACACCAUGGAGUGGCAGAUUUUUCCGGAGAUUGCGACGCUGCUGCCUCAGGGCUUCAGGCGCACAGCCUGCACCGUGCUAGAUGGGUUUAUCUGUUGGCAAACCGAGUCCAUCAUGGGGGUGUAUGUCAGCGAGUACGUUUUCGUGCUCAAAACAGAUACAUUUCAGUUCUCUCGAAUGGAUCUGCCGCCGCCCUUGAGAGUGGUACACCAAAAAUUUAAGAUUGGUCAGACCAUGAUGGAAAGCUCUGUAUCGUAG